UUGUAUCGUAUUGGAGCACUUUUUCGUACUGUAGGAGCAAAUAAUGUUAAUUAGAUUUUACUGUUCAAAUAAAAUUAGGUUUAAAUACAAGCCUGGUUAUUUUUUUUUAAACAAAGUUUGAAGCGCUUUUGAUAAAAUUUAGAUUUAAUCCAGGUUAAAGCUUAAUCCUUGUUGGUGUAAUCCCAAUCUAAUAAAUGGAGAUAGCAUAUAAACUAUAAGAGAAAAGUUUGUUUUUUUUUUUAUAUUGAACUUAUAAACGUCAUAGUUUGGUUGUUUAUCUGUUUUGUGGUAUUUAUUGUGUUCAAUAUUAAUUCGAGUGUUUUCUUUUCACUUCCACAACGAUGAUAUUUGAUAACUUUCUGGUACUUUCUCCCCUCAGGAGCAUAAAUACCUGAGCGGAAGCUCAGACUGAGCUGCACAUUCAAAUAAAAGAGCUUAUUAAAAGCUUAUAUUUUAACUUUACUGCAUACAAGAGCGUUGUUUUAUUUUUACUUUUUACUAGUUUUACGUCUUAACUCUUAUAUAAAGUGGUUUAUUUGGGUAGUUAUUCGGUCUGUUGGUGAAAUUUCGAAGCUGAAAUAGCUCGGUGUCCGAGUUGCUAAGCUAAGAGGGAAGCUAAGCUAAACUAAGGGAAGCUAAGCUAAGCUAAGUUAGCUUGCUAGCUGAGAGGCUAAGGGCGGAGUGAGUGAGGGAGUCAUGGCGAAGUGGGGACACGGAGAUCCGCGCUGGAUCGUGGAGGAAAGAGCGGACGCUACGAAUGUUAACAACUGGCACUGGACAGAGCGUGAUGUCACAGCCUGGUCACAGGACAUUCUGAACGAGCUUCUUCUCAGAGUCCGUGUGGAAAAUCAAGACGGCUUCUGCCAAAUCACAGACGUCAGCUCGAUCGAGGGCGAGGCGUCCAUUAACAACCGCAAAGGCAAACUCAUCUUCUUCUACGAGUGGACCAUUAAAGCUUCAUGGACCGGAACCUCAAAAAAUGGGAUUAAGUAUAAGGGGAACGUUGAGGUGAUGAACCUCUCAGAUGAAAAUGACAUGGAUGACCUGGAUAUCUGCAUUACAGCGUGUAAAGACCAGCCCACUACACCUCUAACUGCCCUUAUGAAGAAGGAGGGAGAGAAGGAGGUUAAACUGGCUCUACAGGGCUACGUUACCCACAUGAGAAAAGAGUUCUCUCAGGGUAUGAUCCUGCCUUCAGCUACACAGCAGCAAGCGCAGACAAACGUCAAACUGGAGAAAAAGAAACCGAGCGGCUCCUCCACCACCCCUAAAUCUCCCGGCUCUGGAGUGAAAAUCCCCACGGCCUCGUUUAGGCUGAACGAGACGUUCCUCACCUCACCUGAGGAGCUUUACAGAGUCUUCCUCAACCAACAGAUGGUUGAAGCCUUCACACACCUCGCCGCCUGUGUGGACGGGGUGAGAGGAGGACAGUUCCGGCUGCUGGAGGGAAAUGUGCACGGAGAGUUCGCUGAACUGGACACUUCUCAACGGUCACUCUGGACUUUACAGACCGAGGCAGUGAGACAGGCCUGUCACUGGAGGCUAAAGGCGUGCCCAGCAGUGAGGAGGAGAGAAUGAAGGAGGGAUGGCAGAGAUAUUACUUCGAUGCCAUUAAACAGACAUUCGGUUACGGAGCUCGGAUCUAUUGAGCCCUAGUGUUCUCAUUUAUUUUUAAAAGCACAAUGACGCUUUGAUGACCAGUGUGAAAACAUCUUGAACAUAUACUUAUUGUAUAAUAAGUAAGGACUUAAACACUCUCUGUGUGGUGCUGUUAUAGUAAAAUGAUCAGAGGUGAAGUGGAGUCACUGUUACCGACCCAAAAUGAAUUAUGUUCCUAUAUCGGCACGUCCCCGAGUGUUUUAUUCCCCUCACACCACAGCAACUUGGCAACAAAAAAAUCUUGUCGUGUUACCGAGAAACCACAAAGAAGCGUAAACUCCUCUGUCCUGAAGAUGUUGGAAAACUUAAAGUUACAGCUUUACAUCUGACUGUUACCAAGCACUGACACUGGAGACUCCUUCCAUAAAUGUUAAAUAAACACAUCUCUCCUUACAGAAAAAUUCACCACAUCAACAAUUACACUUUUAAUUUUUAAUUACAGAAGUUCAUGUGAAUGAGCUGUUACUAUAGAAACGAUGACGCUAGAACAAUGGAGAAUUACAGUCUCAUUAAGUUAGUAUGAGUUGGUACAGCAACACAAGCACUACGUCUAUGUUUUCUAAUUAGUAACAAGUUUGCUAGGUAAUGGUUUAAUUGGUUAAUUUAAUGUUUCCCAGAGAGACAAAUCACUGACCUCUCUUCAGAACGCUAGAUUUAAUCUUUUGUUUCCCCUCAGACUCUGUGCUGAGUUUUAACAGAUGAAAAUCAAAC